UCCUGAGCAGAAGAGAGAGAAGGUCUGACCUGUGCCAAAGGACAAUCAAUUUGGCAACUUAAUGGAAGCUGCAUUAAAGAGGAGAAAAUCUUGCAGGAAAGAGAUCAAUUAGAAAUUAACUUCAAAUUUUUGUUGUGGUUGAAUUAGCAAAUCUAGAGGGGGAUAAGGACUAGGAGUCUUGAGUGUGCAGAACAUGGAGAAAGGAAAUAAGACAUCUGCAUUGACCCAGGGGCUGGAGCGAAUCCCUGACCAGCUAGGCUACCUAGUGCUGAGUGAGGGAGCCGUGCUGGCGUCAUCUGGUGAUUUGGAGAAUGAUGAACAAGCAGCUGGUACAAUCUCUGAGCUAGUGAGCACAGCCUGUGGAUUCCGGUUAUACCGUGGCCUUGACAUGCCCUUCAAACGCUUGUCUGUGGUCUUCGGGGAACACACGUUGUUGGUGACUGUGUCUGGACAGAAGGUGUUUGUGGUGAAAAGACAGAAUCACAGCCGCGAACCCAUCAAUGUCUGAGGCUACAGGAGAUUGGAGGGGAAAGUUGAGAGUAUCUCUGUAAGCUUACUGCUUUUCCACCUACCCAUUUUUACCACCUCCCCAAGGAGAACCUAAACAUUCUGCCUUGCCCUCAUUCCUUCUCUCUCAUUUCUGCUCAGUGGAGUAGAGGGUUGGGUUACUUUCUCAGUGUUAAAGGGGAUCAGAGCAGGGACAAUCUCCCUCCUUUCCAAUAAACAUGGUGUCUGACACUA